AUGAGGCAGGCCAAGUCUGGUGGCCUCCUCAUCGAAGUUCGCGGAAACCCCGAAGAGGUGUCUGCAGUAAGGGCGGAGAUAUCUAGAUCAGCAGGAUGUGAAGUCGGCGUCAGGACACUCCAACAAAGGGAGCUUCUAGAAGUGAGGGACCUGGACCAAUGGUCAGACGGACCUGAGGUCCUCGAAGCGUUUUCUUCGGUCCCAGGGUGUGACCCAAACGCAUUGAAGCUAGUUAGUAUGCGUAAGCGCUUUGGCGGAACACAACUCGCCCUAGUCUCUGCUCCCAAGGACGUGGCGCAGGCUGCCUUAAAGCAAGGUCGACUGAGGGUGGGCAUGGUGAGCUGCAGCGUCAGGCGGUGUGAGGCGAAAAUUAGAUGUUUUCGGUGUUUGGCCCAUGGACAUGAAGCCAAGGCGUGUCAAGGCCCCGACAGGACCAAGUGUUGCAGGCGAUGUGGUAAAGACGGGCACUUUGCCAACACAUGUGUGGCCACUCCGGAGGAUGCUCGAUCGUUCGUGGGGGUAUUGGCGGCAACCGGUCAGGCUGACAGCGGCAAUGCGACGGCGGUCGUUGUACCAACGCAGUCGAUAUGA